AUGGUGCUGUUUGAGAGCUUAGGAAAGCAGAAAUACCUCACUGGCCCCUAUCAAGGUCUUCCUCCAGAGUCGACGAGUGGAAUUGUCAAUCGAUCGUUUAUGUGGUGGUUGAACCGUCUCUUUUUCAGAGGUUUUCGAUCUUUGCUUACUACUGAAGAUCUUGAUCACCUCGAUAAGCCCCUGAAGUCCGCGGCAACGGCGCCGAAGGCAUUGAGAGCUUGGGCACUACGCCGGCGCCCUGAGCGCCGCUUCGAGUUCCCGUGGCAGAUGAUCCAAGCGUUCAAGGGCCCGUUGGCUCUAACAAUACUUCCACGCCUCUUCUUGAUUGGAUUUACCUUUUCACAGCCCUUCUUGAUCACAUCGAUUCUCAACUGGCUUGAUAACUCCCAUAGCGCGAGCAAUCACGGUUACGGCCUCAUCGGCGCCACACUUCUGAUAUACUUGGGAAUGGCCCUCUCAACCCUCAUAUACGACCAGCUUUUGUAUCAGUUUGUAACAAUGUUCCGAGGGGCAGCCUCAUCGAUGAUCUACAACCACGCCUUACACAUCCCCGAUGGCACCCUAGGGGACCGUUCUGCCACAAUUACUCUAAUGACUACCGAUGUUGACCGGAUCAUCAACUGUCUAAUCACCUUGAAUGAAUCCUGGGCGCGGACGUUUGAAGUGGGCAUUGGCAUUGCGCUACUCGCGCUUCGAUUAGGGUGGGUUUGCCUAAUACCAUUAGUGGUCGUUCUGAGUAAGAAUUCAAAUCUCACUACAUAUGCGAUAAGUCGCUAA